AUGUAUCAAACUCUGCGUGGAGAAGAAUUCCGCGUCGCCCAACUACUUCCCGCAGAAUUUGACGACGAAAUCAGAUGCGUCUUGGAAAUAAGAUCACCCGACAUCAAGACUGCAUACGAAGCUCUGUCAUACCAAUGGGGCGAUGAUAGCAACUUGAAGACCAUCCACAUCUUGCAUCUUCGCCGUCCCCCAAACCCGCCCGACAACAGAUUGGCAAGGGCUCGCUUACGAAAGGGGCUGUCCAUGGUUAUAACACGCCUCUAUAUCAUCUUCGCCUGGUACCACAUCCGCUCAAUCGAAUUCAGGCUCAACCUCCAAUUGGCCAUGAUGGUCUUGAACUUGCAUUUUAGUGGCACUAUACCAGACGUUGUCGAUGAGAUGCUCGAGACAAAACCGUGGAGGUUGGCCUACAGCUUUCGAGCGACUGAUGUUGAAGACUUUGACUUUGACGACCUGCAAGUGACACCGAGCCUUGAUCUGGCGCUUCGACAUCUCCGAUGGGGAACGGCUUCCCGGACACUUUGGAUCGACGCGUUGUGUAUCAAUCAAAAGGGCGAGGCGGAAAAGCGAAUACAGAUUCAAUGUAUGCAGGCAAUUUACGCCAAUGCCUGGCAGGUCGUUGUAUGGCUUGGGGGGUAUCAUGGUAUCACUGCUGAGAACAGCGCUUGCAGCGAAGCGAAUUACUGUUUGCAACGCCACCAGAUUGAGAAAGCCUUUUACGCAGCUGGCGCUUUGUCUACUCCUGGCUAUUUAACUUGGACAGGGUAUUCGCCGAACAAGCUGUUGCCGGUCUGA